AUGCUAUUAAAACACUCACAGCACGAGCUGCAUCGUAACCAGCGCGAUGGAUACAAAAAAGACCGAAGUGGUGCUUUUGAAUACCGGUACAAGCUUUCGAGAUAUUUUGAUGUUUGGAGCUACCGAACUCCAAAUGCAGUUGCCGGACUGGAAGGCUUUGAUUUUCUGGACGUCGCUUUCUCAGAGCUUGAAACAGCCAGCGGUGCUCAAGCCGAUCAGUUCAUGAAGGAAUGCAAAGAGUCUUUGACUUAA